AGAUCGCGUAUGCUUAAGAAGAUGUUGAUCACCAGAAGAUGGAACCGGAAACAUUAUUGUUUUAUCAUCGGCCACGCGUUGUAUAGAGUGUUAAACCUGUGUAUUUCUUUCGUGGGGAAGUUAUAAAACGUCUCUCUUUUUUAGACGCGUUACUGGGAAAGCUGCGUGAAUGACACGUGACUCUUCCUAUUCUCUGACUCCGACAUUUCUAUCACAGGGAGAGCUCCUCCUUUUUGUCUCCUCUCUGAUCCCCUCCAUGCUCUGUUCCCGGUUUCUUGUUGUGAUGCUACAUUGACGCCUUUUACACCGUUUGUGUCUUUCUGCAAGUGUAUUCACCACAAUUUUAUACGACCAAGCUCCGUCAGCAUCACUGUAAACAUGGCCGGAGUCAUCCGGAGGCUCGACGAGACUGUUGUCAACCGGAUCGCUGCAGGAGAGGUCAUCCAGCGCCCGGCCAACGCCGUCAAAGAAAUGAUUGAAAACUGUUUGGACGCCAAGUCCACCAACAUCCAGGUGACGGUGAAAGACGGCGGACUGAAGCUGCUCCAGAUCCAGGACAACGGAACUGGCAUCCGGAGAGAAGAUAUGGACAUUGUUUGUGAGAGGUUUACCACCAGCAAGCUCCAGACGUUUGAGGACCUCUCAGCUAUUGCGACCUACGGAUUCAGAGGAGAGGCCCUUGCUAGUGUGAGCCAUGUUGCCCAUGUGACCAUAACGACUAAAACAGCCGACGCAAAGUGCGCCCACAGAGCGAGCUACAGCGACGGCAAACUGAAAGCGCCCCCCAAAGCAUGUGCCGGCAACCAGGGAACCCAGAUCCUCGUGGAGGACCUCUUCUACAAUGUGUCCACCAGGCGGAAAGCCUUAAAGAGCCCCAGUGAUGAGUACUCCAGGAUUGUAGAAGUGGUCAGCAGGUACGCCAUACAUAAUUCAGGGAAAAGUUUUUCGGUCAAAAAGCAAGGAGAGACCGUGGCGGACGUGAGGACUCUUCCCAACGCCUCCGUAGUAGAUAAUAUUCGGGGAGUUUUUGGAAAUGCAGUCAGCAGGGAGCUGAUCCAGGUCGGCUGCGAGGAUCAGAAGCUUGCUUACAAGAUGAAGGGCUACAUCUCCAACGCAAAUUACUCCGUAAAGAAAUGCAUCCUGGUGCUCUUCAUCAACCAUCGCCUGGUGGAGUCGAGUGCACUGAAGAAGGCAAUCGAGACGGUUUACGCCGCGUACCUCCCCAAGAACUCGCACCCUUUUCUGUACCUCAGUUUGGAGAUCGCGCCGCAGAACGUCGACGUCAACGUCCAUCCCACAAAACACGAGGUGCACUUCUUGCACGAAGACAGUGUCAUUGAGAGCGUCCAGAAGCACGUGGAGAGCAAGCUGCUUGGCUCCAACUCCUCACGCACGUACUUCACUCAGACGUUGCUGCCGGGUCUGUCAGGUGGCGGCGAGGUCAAGUCCCCCGGCGGCGGCGGCGAGCCCGGUGAGCGAGUCUACGCACACCAGAUGGUGAGGACCGACUGUCGCGCGCAGAAGCUGGACGCCUUCCUCCGGCCGAAGGAGACGGCGCCGCGCGACCCCGACGCAGCCGGGCCCAGCGGCGGUGAGGCGGCCCGGACCGGCGGCGCGGAGAUGGACGAGUCGGACGACGCGGACAUGCUGGCGGCCCUGGCCGAGCAGGAAGCGGAGCGGCCAAAGGGUAACCAGGGCGACGCUCAAAGGAAGCGACCCAGGAAAGCGCAGCAGACGGAGGAAGAAGUCCACGAGGACCUGACAGCUGCUGCCACGCCCAAGAGACGGGUCAUAAAACUGACCAGCAUCAAAGAGCUCCGAGCGGAGGUCACCGAGAACGCACACAAAGGGCUUCAAGAAAUGCUGCAGAACCACUCGUUCGUGGGCUGCGUGGACCCACAGUGGACCCUGAUCCAGCAUCACACCAAACUGUACCUGCUGAACACCACUAGGCUCAGCCAGGAGCUCUUCUACCAAAUACUCAUCUACGACUUUGGGAACUUCGGCGUACUGCGGCUGUCGACACCAGCGCCGCUUUAUGACCUCGCCAUGCUGGCUCUGGACUCUGAGGAGAGCGGCUGGACCGAAGAGGACGGUCCUAAAGAAGGCCUGGCCCAGUACAUAGUGGACUUCCUGAAGAAAAAAACGGAGAUGCUCGAGGACUAUUUCUCCAUAGAGAUAGACCAGGACGGGAACCUAACGGGGCUUCCGUUACUGCUCGACGCGUACACGCCGAUCAUGGAGGGUCUCCCCAUGCUCAUCCUGCGCAUGGCCACCGAGGUGAACUGGGACAAUGAAAAAGAUUGCUUCAGAGAAUUAAGCAAGGAGUGCAGCAUGUUCUUUUCCAUCAGGAGGCGCUACGUUCUUGAGGCGGAGCAGGAUGCCGAGGGGAACUCGUGGCGCUGGAAGCUCGAGCACGUCAUUUGCAAAGCUUUGCGAAGCCUCUUGAGUCCGCCGAAAAGCUUCAGCGAGGACGGCACCGUGCUGCAGAUCGCCAACUUACCCGAUCUCUACAAAGUGUUCGAGAGGUGCUGAACCCGACCACACGUGCUGCUCUGUUGCUUUUGUUUUGUGAAUAAAUACUAUACAGUCAUA